AUGCCAUUGCAGUCGCGGCGGUACCUUUACCACCUCAGCACCAUCAAAAACUCCCGCAUCGUGAGGGGUCUCCUGCGGCCGGUGAUGGUCAUCGUUGCCGUCGCCACAGCCGUCUGCUCCUACCACACGAUCUUCGCGCUGCGCUGGCUGCCGGCCUUCAUGCCGGCGCUGCCCCUGGUGCCCAUUGAGCCCUUCCAGCUCACGAGCUUCGCCCUGGCGCUGCUGCUGGUAUUCCGCACCAACGGCGCCUACCAGCGGUGGCACGAGGCGCGCUGCGUGUUCGGCAGGAUCGCUGAUUCAGCGCGCGACAUCUGGCGGCAGGUGCUGGCAGUGUUCCCGCGCGACCGCCCCGAGGCGCGCGCCAUGCUGGGGCGCUGGCUGGUGGCCUACACCUUUGCCUGCAAGUGGGCGCUGCGGGAGGAGGGGCGGCAGCGCGCUGACCUGGAGGGGUGGCUGGAGCCGCGGGAGCUAGAUGGGCUGAUGGCGGCGCGUGACCCUCCGCACUAUGCGAUGCUGGUGAUGAGUCAUGUGCUCAAGAACAACCUGUCAGGGCAGCAGCUGGUCAUGCUCAUGCAUGAAAUUGGUUCCAUGAUGUACAGUUUGUCAUCAUGCACCCGCAUCCUCACGACGCCCAUACCGCUGUCGUACACGGUGCGCCCCCUCGCCCCCGCACCCUUGCCCCCGAGCGCCGCCGCGGGCAACGGCAGCUGUCGCCACACGACGCGCUUCAUGGCGCUGUGGCUGCUGCUGCUGCCGCUGGCGCUCUGGGCCAAGUGCGGAUGGGGCUGCGUGCCCGCGGCGGCGCUGGUCAGCCUCGCGCUGCUCACCAUAGAGGCUAUCGGGGUCAGCCUGGAGGAGCCCUUCUCAAUCCUGGCGCUGGAGCAGAUCUGUGAGCGGCUGGGCACGGGCAUAGCCAACCUCGCUGCGAUGGACGACGACGCAUACGCCGCCGCCCGCAUGUACGCAGCGGAGUCGCUGCUGUCGUACCCCGCGGCCGCCGCGGCGGCGGGCGUCCCCGCACCCGCAGCGGCGGCGCCGGCCGAGCAUGCGGCGGCGGACGGCGGGCACGGAGCGGCGGGCGACGCUGUUGGCGGCCACGCGCACGAGGUCGGCGGCGGGGCGCCGGCUUUGUACGUUUCGGCUGGCGCAGCGGCGGUGACGGCCACGGCGGCCGCAGCCGGCGGCGACGCCGGCGGUUCGCCGCUGCCCCUCGAGCCGGCGGCGCUGCGAUGA